UUUAUUUUUUUGUAGGCCCGACCCAAACCCGUUGGCGCCCGGUCGAUGCCGAACCCUUGUACGAUGAUGUGUGCCCUCUCAAGUUCAUAAGAACUCUGCAACAAGAAAGGGCCGAUCUUUGGCUUGAAAACACAACCAAACAGAAUCAUAAAACCUUAGAAACGGCCAUGCAAGCCCCAGACGAAGCACACGUUGGCAUUUCAUGCUACAUCUCUCAGCUUCCCGGUUUUCGCGGAGUUCUUAAGCAAAGGUAUUCUGAUUUCAUUGUGAAUGAAGUAGAUUUGGAUGGAAAUGUUGUUCAUUUAACUGACUUACAAGCUCUGCCAGAAAUUGUGGAGGAAAAGGAAAUAAAGAUGCCUGAUCAACUGAAUAAAAGUUAUGAUACUGAACUUGAAGCAUUUAAAUCUCUUGCUGGUGAUUCUGAUGCUGAUAGUCUCAAAGCUUUUAUACAUCAAAUUAGUUCUGGUGUUAAAGAUAGUCUCUCACCUAUUGUCCUUUCUGCAUGUUCUGAUAAAUCCCACAGGACGGCAGUGCAUACUUUUUUCAAGGAUCAUUUGAAAUUCCUUGUUACCGACACAAUAGAUGGGCCAGACACCUCAUCAAAAUGCAUUCGUGUGUGGUUCAAUGCCGGAGGGAAUAAUGGAACAGGCAGAAACUCAGGAGGGAAUAAUGGCACAGGCAGAAACUCAAAGAAACGGAAAGAUAGGGGCAGUAGGCCUUACGACAAUAGAGGUUCAGAUAAUUGGCCUGACCAUCUUGAUAAGUUUCUUAGGUUCCGUCUUUACAAGGAGAAUAAGGAUACCCAAGAGGCAUUAGGACUGAUUGGAAAGAUGCUAGGCAUUCAGCCAAGGUCAUUUGGAUUUUCUGGUACAAAAGAUAAGCGUGCUGUAUCGACUCAAAGGGUAACUGUUUUCAAGCAGCGUUCAAGUAGAUUAGCUGCUCUUAAUGAAAGGUUGAUUGGUAUCAAAGUUGGUGACUUUUGCCAUGUCAAAGAAGGACUUCUUCUCGGGCAGCUCUAUGGAAACCGAUUUACAGUUACAUUAAGGGGUGUUGAAGCAGAUUCUGAAGACACCAUCAAAGCAUCUGCGGUUGCUUUAGGAAAGCAUGGAUUUAUAAACUACUUUGGUUUACAA